AUGGUGGCUCAAUCUCCUGCAGAGCAGCAGUUUUCUUGGAAUGCUUUGAUAUCAAAUUUCGUUGGCAAGCAUGAUGGAUCUGAAGCAUCCAAAGCUUCUGAAACGGAAGAGCCCAAACUUGAAAUGGAAUUGGAAGAGGGGCGUUCUGAAUCUAAUGAGGGGAUGUCAUUAUCCGAAGCUCGUGAUGAUGCUGACUGUUCCCAGCCACUGGCGGCAUGCACCCCAUUCGACGAGCCAACAUGUGUCCCAUUUGAUGAAAGGUCGUGCACUCCAAGAACAUCAGCUGAAAUGAAGAUGGACCUCAACAGUAUUCGCGAAGAUAUAGCGGAGAUCGUUAAGGAACAUAAGCGCCAAACUGAGAACGGUAGGGAAGCGGGCGAGAGCCAAAAGCAAGAGAAAUGUGUUCACUUCUCUUUGGACUGCAACCCUGAAGCCGUUGCUAGUAAAGAAGAGCGAAAGAAACCAGUAAUGGACAGGAAAGAUGAUACACUGGACUACAUCUUUAAUCUUGUGGAGAUUGCUAUAUGCGGCGACAAGAAGUCAAACAUUGACGAAGAGGUCACAAAGAGACCCACAAAGAGAGAGCAAAUGCCCGAUCCAGUGCAACUCUUGCGAGAAAAGAGCAUCUUUCAGACCCUGAACCCUGGAGGUACUUCCAGCAAUAGCAAGAAACACAGCAGUCGCCCUUACAAGAGUGGGGAGACUACCAGCGACAAGAUUGUUACCGAAGACUCGCCGUCACUGGCGAAGAGCGCAACAAAAGAAAAUCCCGAAGCUUCUACUUCGGAAACUUCUGAGACUGCAAUGUCAAAGAAUGAAGAUUCAACGACUGACGAUACGACCUUGCAAGUUUCAAAGCCUCAAGUUUCGACAAUAGAAGCUCGAGAACUAAGAUCCUUGAGACUGAAAGCUGCUUCCACAAUCUCAAUGCCUGAGGAUGCAACGUUGAUACCCAAUACUUCUAAGCCUGAAGUCCCAACACCAACAGUGUCAACGACCCCGUCUAACAAGAUCAGCAAAACCCAAGAAGCUGUUUCAGUAUCCACAUCAGGUUUCGGAGCAUCGACAAUUGCCGUUCCACCAACAAUCCCUGAGGAGCCAUCCAAUUCUCAAGAAUCUGCUUCUUCGCAAGGGGCAGAGGAUGAGGAGACAAAGAAGUUUGUGGAAGAAGUUGCGAUGGAAGUGCUUGCUGAGGCACAAGCCUUGGCAGCAGAGGCAGCAGAGGCAGACGCAGUCAAUGCAGACACUGAUACAUCCUUUAGCAACGCACCGCAAUCAAGUGUACAUGUGGAUGCUUCACAUGAUUCCGUCUCGUUAAUUACUGAUGUCGACGAAUAUUCCCAUUCCCUACCUCGUAUUAUCCAUCUGUCGAACUCAGAGGCCAAUCAGACCAAGCUAGCGAAACCCUCCAACGUCUAUUCCCCAAGCAUUCGCAAACUGCAGAAUAGGAAAAGUGUAUCAUCAGCAUUGGCUGCCUACAAUAAGAAGGUGAAGCGAAGCAUAAACUUCGGCGGUUCCACACACAUUUUGGGAAAGCAAGGACCCACGACUACAACUCUGGCAAGACGAAACAACGCAGACGAACAGGUCAUUCAGUUACUUGCGGGCUUGUUAUCUAUGGGGGAAAGUGGUAACAUCAGCGCCCCAGGUACACCGAGAGGCGUAAUCUUUUUGGCUUCAGUUGUCUCGUUUUUGUUCUGGCCCGAGGAUUUGCCACAGAAGCAACAAAUGGCACGAAAAACGAAACCAGCUCCAGUUGAGGAGCCAGCGGAAAAGAAGGAACCCCCUUCCCUACUUUCCCUCGUUGGCGACAAGAAACCCAAGCGUACGUCGUCACCCAUGAAAAGGAAUCGACCGAGGAGGCCGCAACUUUCAGCUAGGAGAAUGAACGCUUCGCAGAAAAAGUCCUUCGACGUGUAA